AUAAACAUUCUGAAUGUUAAUUAUUAGUUGUUAUUUAGUAGUAGUCAAUCAGUUCAUAGUUUUAUUUACAAAAUAUUAUAAAAUUCUAACAUAGCAAUUAUAAAAAAGUGUUAAAAUCUCAUCAACAAUGAAAUAAAACAACAAAUACAAUAAGUAUUUUUAGAAAAAUAAAGAAAAUAGAGUACACUAUAAAGAGCUGUUAAAAUGUCAUGGAAUGAAAAAGAUAAUAAAAGUGGACCAAAUUCAAUGAAUCAAUGCCAUUCUAAAUCUUUAAAUAAUGAAGAAAAUAUAUCUUCCAAUAUUAUUUCUGAUUUGCAACAACGACAAUUACCUUCCUUAUAUCAUGGAGCAUGGCCCAUAGAAACAGAAAUAUGGAAUAGUCUACAGUUCAGAAAAAAUUUGAACGAUAAUUCAGCAAUCGUUGCUAGUGUAAUAAGUUUUAAAUCUAAUACAAGUAUUGGAAUAAAUGUGAGAGAAAAUGUAUGCCUAAGUGAAGAAAAUCAUGAUCCUAAGAUCGAUGUAAUUUAUAGCUUGUUAGGAAUGUUAUUGGGUGAUGCUACGGGAAGAGAAGAUACGAGUAAUACUUUAUUAUCACUUAGUAAUACUGUAGAAAAUUGUCUUGCUAUGAGACAAUCAGGUUGUCUUCCACUCCUUGUUCAACUAAUCCACGCACCAGAACACAAUUUAUCAAUCCGAAAGGGAGCUUCUCAAGCUCUUAAUAAUAUCGUGAGAGCUACUCAAGAUGAAAAACUUAAUUGUCAAGAACUUCAAGUUUUAAAAUUAAUUGAACAACUCAGAGAUUGUAGUCAAGCACUGAGAAUAGGUGACACAGGUUCCAAAGAAACUAGUGAUCGCCAUCGGCAAUCAGUCUCUACCAUUUUUAUUUUAACGAAACUUUCAUACACAGAAAGAUAUCGACACAUUAUGUGUCAACUGGGAGGUUUGCACGCAAUAGCAGAACUAAUUGAAAUAGACCACUUAGUUCAUGGAUCAGAUACUACAGAUACUGAUUGUUUAUCUUUAAGAAAAUACACAGGAAUGACUUUAACUAAUUUAACAUAUGGUGAUAGUAAAAAUAAAAGUCUUCUUUGUUCGUUCAGUGGAUUUAUUAAAGUUUGGGUCGCACAACUUCAAAGUGCUAAUGAAGAUUUACAUCAAUAUACCGCUAGUGUUCUAAGAAAUUUAUCCUGGCGUGCUGACAGUAAUUCUAAAAAAAUUCUACGAGAAAUGGGGUCUGUUGUAAGUCUCACUAAGGCUGCAAUGGUCAGUAGACAUGAAUUAACGUUGAAAUCAAUUCUGUCAGCACUUUGGAACUUAUCAGCUCACUGCACAACGAAUAAAGCAGAUAUUUGCAAUGUUGAUGGUGCUCUCAGUUUUUUAGUAGACUUAUUAAGCUUUAAGUCACCGUCUAAUAAAUUAGCAAUAGUAGAGAAUGCAGGAGGAAUUCUGAGAAAUGUUUCCAGUCAUGUGGCGAUGGAAGAAAAUUAUCGGAAAAUUUUAAGAGAAAAAAAUUCUAUCAAUAUACUUGUUAGAUUAUUAAGCUCUCCCAGCUUAACAGUGGUGAGCAAUGCUUGUGGAACACUUUGGAAUUUAUCUGCUCGUUGUCCAAAAGAUCAAAAAACUCUUUGGGAAUUAGGAACGGUUCCUAUUCUCAGAAACUUGGUACAUUCAAAGCAUAAAAUGAUUUCCAUGGGUGCAAGUGCUACUCUAAGAAAUCUUUUGGUUGCUCGAAGUAUUCAUGGAUUUCAUUUAUCUCAAUCUAGCUUCCAACGAUCAUAUAAUAUACCAACAUCAAGAUCUGAAAUAAUGAGAAUAAGAAACCAUCCAGAAAAUCGCUCUCUAAUGUUAGGAACUAAUUACAGAUCGAGAUCUGUUGAAGUUGAUCUUGAAGAACAAGAAAAAAGAUCACUCUCUAAUAAAUCUUGGCCUGCAUCUUUUUCUAGACACCCUAUAAGUCCUUUAAGCUGUGAUGAUGAUACUAGAAAUGGUGAUGAAAAUGAUAAGUCUGUAGAAAGACGUAAAGGAUCGCCGGUAGAUUCAACUUUCUACGAUAGACGAUGUUCAGGAAAUACUUCCUAUGAAGAAGGAGAUCAACCAAUUGAUUAUAGUAAAAAAUAUAUGGAGCAAGGUGCUAUUAAACGAGAAGAAUCAAUGAAGAUGAAGUCUAGAAGAGAAAAAUUUAGAGAAGGUUCAAGCAUGCUUGGAGAUUAUGCAGAAACUGAUUUAGAUCAGCCUACAGAUUAUUCUUUGCGUUAUGCUGAAGAUGAUACAGAUGAAGAAGAUAAACAGAAUGAUAAUUAUUAUCAAGUUAAUGGAUCAUCAGAAGACACUGUGAAGACUUAUUAUACUGAAGGAACUCCUUAUGAGACGCCUUGCAAUUUUUCUACGGCAACAUCUAUGUCUGAUUUACGCUUAGAAGAAUCUAAAGAUUUGGAUAUAAGUGGAAAAAUUUGUAAGAAGGUAAUUAAUGAAACGAUUGAAGAGCAUAAAGAAAUUAAUCAUGGCGAUGAACAGCAUAUAUUAACGAAAAAUUCACAUCUUUGUAAAAAUAACUCAGAAGAAAAAAUUGAUUACUAUGAGCAAGGAACACCUGGAAUAGUAUCACGAGUGAAUUCAUUAAGUUCUUUAGAAUCAGGUGGUCAGAAUGAUGAUCGUCCAAAUGUAGAAGAAGUUGAAGAAUUUAAACAAAAACCAACAGAAGACGAAAGUAACACUGAGUCAGCAUUAGAUAGUGUUGAAGAUAAAGAGAAUAAAAGUAUUGAAGAAAAAAAUUCAGAUAAAGAAGCAAAGGUAGUGACUUUUGGUGGAGAAAAUCAUUACACUGAUGAAACACCACUAAUGUUUUCCAGAAGUUCUUCCUUAGGAUCUUUAAGUGGUUUUGAACAGUUUUCAAUCAACGAUGAUCGUAGUUCUGUUAUUAGUGAUUUUAGUCGUCGAACUAGUGGUAUUGUUUCUCCUAGUGAAUUACCAGAUUCUCCAACUCAAACUGUACCACCAAGUCCACCACACAGCAAUAAGCCUAUGAAUUUUUCACCUAGAGCAACUGAAGAACGUUGUUUAGGUCAUUUUAAUAAAUUUUCUUAUACAAAAUCUAAACCUAGUGUUUUUGAAGAUAAUACAGCGGCCUUUAAAGAAGAAUCAACACCAAUCGAAUUUUCUGCUGCAACGAGUUUAAGUUCUUUAACGAUCGACGAUGAGCCUAAAUUUCCAGAAGAAUCAAGUAACGACCAAGUAAAUUUAAAAACUUCUGAUGAUAUAGAAGAAGCCGAAGUGCAUCCAGUAGCUGUAUCUCCUGCUGCAUCAUCGGAGGAAAGUUCUCAUCCAAAAAAAGUGGUUGAAACUGAUCGAGAUAAUGAACAAGUAAGUGAUGGAGAUGAAGAGGAUGAAGACGAGGAUAUUUUGGCUGCUUGCAUUAAUAUGGGAAUGCAGAAUAAUCGAUAUCGUCAGAGUGUAAAGAAAACGGAAUUUAAAUCUUUUCCCUCGACGUCUGUGUCCAAUUUAAUUCGAUAUCAAACGAGUUCUACAUUAGAUAGACUAGAAAAUAUUAACAUUAGUGAAAUGAAGCAAUCCAAUUUAUCUCCAAUAAGGUCUAAAACCACUCUGGAUAUUUCAACAUCUCCAGAUACUGUACAUGUUUAUUGUACAGAAGAUACUCCAGCAGACAUAUCACCUGUUGGUUCUCAAUCCAAUUUAUCAGCACUUUCUAUGCCCAGUAUCUUAGAAGAUUUUGAAAAGCCUGAAAAUCUUGACGAUGUACAAAACGAUCUUUCUGACGAUAGUUCAAAUUUAUCAGGAGAUGAUGAACAAAUUUUAGAUGAAUGUAUUCAAUCUGCCAUGCCUAAACGAGUCAGCCCAAUAUCUUUAGUUUGCAAGAAAAAUUCCCAAGUCUUCCUUUCUCGGCCUAAUGAUUUUUCACAGAAUUCUAGUUCUUCAGCGACAAGAAAUAGUUGCGAAUAUUUAGUUAGAACUGUCGAUGGCCGUGAUGACGAUUCGAAUAAUUCAUUUGAUGACAGUCCGAAUCAUUCGGAUGAUGAUGCUAUUUUAGCUGAAUGCAUUGAAUCAGCAAUGCCUAAAGGACGCUUAAGUCUUGCUUCAACUAAAGCUUCGACUUCCAGACAAUCCGAUACCUUUAAUGAACAGUUUGAAGUUUCUGGAGGAGAUGAACUGAAAUCACCACGAUCUGAAGAUAGUUUGAGUUUAUCAGAAGAUGAAGAAAAUAUGAUUUUGGCUCAAUGUAUUCAAUCGGGAAUGCCUAAAGGAUCAAAUUUAACGAAAAUGUUCUCCCCAAUGCCGAAAGAGGAUUUCAGAGUAUUAUAUUCAGCUUCAAAAUCAACGAAUUGUUCUCCUCAUCACAUAGUUCAACAAAGUAAAGAAUUAGAUCCAAUAACACCAAGAGAUGAAACUUGGAAUUUCGCAACAGAAGAUACUCCAUGCAAUUUUUCAGUAAUUUCAGAAAUAAGUAAUUUAACGAUAAGUUCGACAUAAAAUUAAACAAGAAAGCCAUGUAAAUACAUAUAUAUUAUUUUAUUCCAUUGCUUCCUAUAUUGUUAGCAUAAAAUUGUGAUUAUUUCUUCCCUCCAUUUAAUAACUUUUACGUUAUAGAAGAUAAUUAAUGAAUAAAAUAUA